CUUGACCAUGCUCAGCUUCAGGCGACCGACGAGCUCGUUCACCCUCACCCGUGGUGCUCUCCGUUUCUACUCGACGCAGCCCCCAGAGAAACCGUCUCUGAAGCUCGUCGCAGAGCUUCGCAAACUCACAGAGGUUUCCAUCACAAAAGCCCGCGAGGCACUCAGCGCGUCGAACAACGAUGUGCAGGCUGCGCUUCAGUGGCUCGAGAAGGACAUCGUCGUCUCUGGCGCGAAGAAGGCCGCGAAGGUAGAGGGUAGGGAGACUGGGGAGGGCAUGAUUGGAAUCUCUGUGCUGUCGAGAGGAACGGGCUCGUCUCCCAGCGGUGUUCGUGCUGCGAUGAUUGAACUCAACUGCGAAACGGACUUCGUGGCACGAAACGACCUGUUCGGAAAGCUCGUCGCCGACAUCACACACACCGCCGCGUUCAUUGCAGAACCCGACUCGUCUUCAUCGAACGUGUUACGGCCAUUCGACCUUGACGCACUGCUCGAUGCACCAUUACUCUCCCCCAACGCGGUCGAAGCCCGAGCUCAGUCCACCGUCGGGUCCGCCAUCCGCGACACCAUCGCCAAAAUCGGAGAAAAAGUCUCUCUGAAGAGGGUCGUCACAGCCAUCCAACAUCCCGUCCCUCCAAAAUUCGCAUCAUCCUUGGGCUUACGCCUCGGUUCGUACACCCACGGAUCCGUGAACCUUCCCUCCCAAGGCCGGAUCGGCGCCCUCUCACUCCUCGCACUAAAAUCCCCUCGUCUCUCUACCCUCUUUGCCGACCCAUCCUUCCGGGAAGAGGUCGAGAAACUGGAGAGGUCCCUGGCCCGACAGAUCGUUGGGUUUGAAACGCAUACCGUCCGUCCGCCUACGAGCGAUUUUGAGGAGACCGCCCUGUACUGCCAGCCGGCGAUGAUGUUCCCGGGCGAGUAUUCAGGACAGUCCGUGGAGAAGUUGUUGAACAACUGGGUACAUGAGAAGCAGUUGGUCGUGGAGACUGAUGUGGCGGAGAGUGGCGGCGCGGAAGUGCUGGAGUUCGUGAAGUGGAAGGUUGGAGAGCCUGCCAAGUAGACCUACUGUUCGCCCUGCAUCAUUUUGUAUGAUAUAUCUCUGUAAUGAUCAACACACCACUCAACAUCUAUCUAUUUUCUGCGCAAA